UGGUGAAGCUGACGGUAACGCACAGAUCUGCCUCUUUCCAGGUCUGCUCGCUCUGCCUGGGCUCCAGGGGACAUCAUGGAGCAAUACCGGGGCUAAUUAUAUUCAUCCACCCAUGAAUCCGAGGGAUUAAAAUGGCUUUUUCUUUUUGGACCAUGUAAGUCGACGCAAUGGAGGAGGCUUCGUUGACACCCGAGGAUGGAAAGAGGCAGAAGAGGGUGAGAUUCCGGGUGGCCUCAGGGAACAGCGGGCGGGUUUUGAAAGAGAUGUUUAAGGAUGAAGGGCCAUCGGAUUCCCUGGAUUCAGACUGCACCAGCUGCUCCGAGGCAGACCGGGCCAGCACUCCAUCCACCACCGGGGAGGCGAACGGACACUUGUGUGGAUUCUUGGGCUCGGAGCUGGAUGACAGCGGAAGUGAGCCCGAUGACUUGCUGAUGUUUGCAGGGGGAAGAGACAAAGUGUUGGGUACCAAACGAGUGAAUAUCCUCAGUAAAAAUGGAACGGUUCGAGGAGUCAAGCACAAAGUCAGUGCUGGCCAAAUACGCUUUGAUAACUUGGCUAAAAACAAUGGGCCAGAACUGACUCUAGAGUUCGGGCGAAUUGUAAUCUACACCACCAGUUUUCGAGUGGUCAGGACUACAUUUGAGCGAUGCGAGCUGGUCCGAAAGAUCUUUCAGAACCACAGGGUGAAGUUCAUAGAGAAGAACAUCGCUUUAGACAGUGACUACGGAAAGGAACUGGAGAACCGCUGCAAACGAGUGGGUGAACCUCCCUCUCUGCCUGUGGUCUUCAUUGAUGGACACUACCUAGGGGGCGCAGAGAAAAUACUUGCGAUGAAUGAAUUAGGGGAGCUUCAGGAUCUCCUCACCAAAAUUGAGAGGGUUCAGCACCCCGACACAUGCCAGACGUGUGGGGGAUUUGCCUUUGUCCCGUGCCCUAUGUGCCAUGGCAGCAAAAUGUCUGUGUUUCGCAACUGCUUCACAGACUCCUUCAAAGCCCUGAAGUGCACAGCGUGCAAUGAGAACGGUCUCCAGCCCUGCUCCAGCUGUUCUCACUGAGGUCCUCUUCAAGUGCCUGCAACCCCUUCCCAACACCAUCUCCACUCCCACAAGCCAUGUAUAAAACAAGAGAUGCAGAAAGAACUGCUAUUUGUGAAUAAAACAUUUUUUUUUUUGUUAGAAAACUUAAUUUGUGUCUACAGAGUUUUUACCAUAUUUGUUAUUUGAUUAUUUAUUACAGCAUAGGCUUUUUGUCACAUGCCAAUAGAUGUCUGGCAACAUUACUCAAUCCAACAGCAUGGACGCUGUCUGUUGCUGUAAAUAAAUAUAGCAAUUAAGUAAAUUAACUACUGGUUCAGAGAGGCAUAUCAUCUUUCUGAGCCAUGUGAUCCCAGCAUGAACCAAAAUUCAAAGCAUUAUCUGGUAAACAUCCAAACGAAUGAUGCUGUUCCCCACUGAGAAAAGAUCAGGAGCGACAAAAAAGACCACAUGAUAGUAGAUAUUAUUAGUAAUGUAUAAUAUAUAUAUAUAUAUAUAUAUUUUUUUUAUUUUCCAGCCAAUCAGAGAUUUCUAGUUACGUACAGUAUAUUUAAUUAUUCAAACUUGUGCAGGAAUCAAAUUGCAAGACAUUGAAACAGGAUGAGCUAAUGUCUGUAUACGAAUAUCACUUUUCAGUUCAAUUACAGGGCUGAUUAAACAAAGCUUCAAAUCUAUUAAUAAUUAAAAGAAGCGUAAAUCUCAAUGAUAC